AUGGGGGAUUUUUCGAACAAUAGAGCCGUUUGUCAAGAUAUUCCUGGUUUAGACAAUAAGCAACUUCUCAAAAAUGGGUAUCUCUGGCUUUCCGUCCUUGUCUUUAGAGCUGGACACCGAAUCAGUGGGUCCUCUCCAUUUCCUCCUGUAGGUUACAUAAGGGGCAUGAUACCAUUUCCUCCUGGCUGGACACCGAAUCAGGGCUGGACACCGAAUCAGGUGGGUCUUCUCGUUUCCUCAUGUUACCGAUCAGGUGCGUCUUCUCCAUUUCCUCCUGCAGGUUACAUAGGGGGCAUGAUACCAUUUCCUCCUGGCUGGACACCGAAUCAGGUGGGUCUUCUCCUUGUCUUUAGGGCUGGACACCGAAUCAGGUGGGUCUUCCUGUCUUUAGGGCUGGACACCGAAUCAGGUGGGUCUUCUGUGUCUUUAGGGCUGGACACCGAAUCAGGUGGGUCUUCUCAAAUGUAG